AUGUCCGACCUUUUUAAUGGAGAUGCAUUUGCUGCUCUUGGGGAUGAUAAAUUGGUUCGUGCUUUUCAAAUGAUCUCAGAAAUCUGUUCUAGUUCUGAUUAUGAAAAUCCAUCUCUUCGUGGAGCUGCCUUUGCGAUAAAUCCAGAUCUCCAGUUUGUAUUAAGUGGUUUGAGUACUCGAAUUUAUUAUGCUAUUUCUUUGGAUAAUGAGAGAAAAAUUCGCAAACUGAAGAGUGACAUUGCUAAAUUGAAGCAUGAAAAUACCCAACUAGUAAAUGAAAAUGUUGAGCUUUCAAGAGAGAAUACCAAACUUAAAAAUGAUAACUCAACUAGCUCUGAGAUGAUUCGCAAAGCUCGAGAAAAGAAUAAUGAACUACUUGACUUAUAUAAUCUAUCAGAUGAAGCUGCUAAUCUACCCGAUGCUGAAAUUCUUUUAGAACACCUUAAUACUUCCUUGACUAAUUUUCCUUAUCAAGAAAUUGAAAACCUUAGUUUCAAAGAGUUAAGAAAAAAAUAUGCUUCUCUUAGGCGAAACCAUAGACAAGCAUUAUCUUCCUUUAAAGUCUUUAAGCAACGUCUUCAUGAGAGUAGAGAAAUAAUCAAAGUGUUGGAAGUAAAGAAGAAUAAGCUUAUUGAUGAGAAAGAUGAAAUUGCUCUUAAGGAUGCGAAGGCAUUAGAAAAAUUCCAAGAAACUCUUAUUGAAGCUAAGUUAGAACGUGAUUCAAUUUUGAAAGUUCUGAAUGAUGCUAGAAACAAUCUAGGUGUAAAUGUGAGCCUUCAAACUGAGCAUUCCGAGUUGCUCGCGGACAUUAUUUCCAAUUAUGAAGUUAAAAAGAAAGAGUACGAGAAGAAGGUCAAUGAUCUUGAAAUUCGCUUAGCCGCCAUAGAGAAAGAAUUGUCUACCCGCAACUUCAAAUAUCAGCAGAUGAAGGAAAAUUGGUUUAACUUAGUUCAGAACAACAGUAAUGGCGCUAAUCGCUCACGGGAAGCAUCUGUUAAGAGGGUCUGCGCAGAAAAUGGUAUCCCUUUGUCAAAAUACAACUUUCCAGCAAUUCUUGAGAAUGUUCCCAUUCCUGAUAUUCAAGUUACUGAUGGAGAGGAAGAUUCUGAAGAAGAGACUAAUGAAUCCGAAGCUGAGCGAGAUGAGGAUGAAGCUAAUGAAUGA